AUGUCUAAGCUUAAAUCGGAAGUGCCUUCAUUGGAAAUGUACUUACUCAUGUUAGUGCUAAACGUGAUGCUCAGCAAAGCUGAGACUCAGAAUUCUACCACAGCAUGUAAUCUGCAAAUAAAAGAAACAUUUGAGGAUUAUGAAUAUUUUAAAGACGGAGACCUUAUCAUCGGAGGAGUUUUCACUGUAAAUUCAGCAGGAUUCGAUUUCCCAUUCACAGAGAAUCCUUUCAAAACCAAGAUCAUUUGUAUGCAACCUACUGCACGUCACUAUGUAAAUGUUCGAAUGUUUCUUGUUGGCAUCGAAAUAAUUAACAAUAAUCCAAAUAUUUUACCAAAUACUACUCUUGGAUAUCACAUACAUGAUUCAUGUUUGGAUACUAGAAAGGCGGUAAAAAGCGUUUUACAAAUUCUCUCUGGACCAACGAAAAUGGUUCCUAAUUUUUCUUGUUCAGAACGAGGAAAGCUGGUUGGUUUUAUUGGCGAUCACUAUUCAAUAACCACUGUACCAAUUGCACAGAUACUCAGCGUGUACGGCUAUACUCAGAUCAGCUAUGGGGCUACAGAUUACAUGCUUGCAAAUAAACGCCUCUAUCCCAGCUUUUUCCGGAUGAUUCAGAAUGAUCAUGUUCAUUACAGAAUUAUAUGUGAUCUUUUGACAUUUUUUGGUUGGACCUGGGUUGGAAUUAUCAUCUCCAAGGAUGAUGCCGGAGAGCAAGAAAGUUUAAUUCUGUCAAAUUAUAUGAAGAGAAACGGCAUUUGUACUGCCUAUACGCUAAAAGUUAACGUAGACUCAAUACGAUUCAAAACGCUAAAUUUAGAAGUAGCAAGAAAGUCUUCUGCUCAAGUUAUCAUACUUUGUGGGUCAUUCUCUGUUCUAGUUUUUCAUUUAUUAGCAACACAAUAUGAUAUGAUCAAAGAUAAAAUGUUUAUUCUCCCUUCGUCCUUGGCCUCCAACAGUUAUCUCUUGGAUUUUAGCAGAGAAAUGUUUCACUUUAGUUUGGCUGUUCCGGUUUCUCAAUGCUCCAAAAAUUGUUUACCUGGCUUUAGGAAGGUACCACGUUCUACAAUACAUGCCUGUUGUUACGAUUGUGUACCAUGCGCAGAAGGGGAAAUAUCUCACAAGUUAGACAGUGAAAACUGCCUAAAAUGUUCAGAAAAUGAAUGGCCCAACAUGAAGAAGGAUCGGUGUAUUCCUAGAGUGGUGGAAUUUCUCUCCUACACAAACGAUGCGCUGUCUCUUGUGUUUGCUUCCACCGCUGCUCUUUUUUGUAUUAUAACCGUUCUUACAUUAAUUCUUUUUGUUGUAUACAGAGGUUCACCAAUUGUCAAAGCUAAUAAUAGGAACCACAGCUUCAUCCUUCUAGUCUCCAUCAUGUUGAGCUUCCUCUGUGUGUUCCUUUUCCUGGGACGACCGGUGGAUAUAACUUGCAUGCUCCGUCAAACCUCUUUUGGAGUCAUCUUCUCCGUAGCUGUCUCUUCAGUGUUGGCCAAGACCACCAUGGUUUACUUUGCUUUUAAAUCCAUUAAACCUUGCAAUGUUUGGAACAAAUGGAUUAGAAUCAAAUUACCAAAUUGUAUAGUCUUGUUCUGCUCAGCUGUUCAAAUUAUAAUUAGUAUAAGCUGGUUAGCCAUUUCUCCCCCGUUUCAGGAGCAGGACAUGCACUCUUAUAAGGGAAAGAUUAUCAUUCAGUGUAAUGAAGGCUCAGUUAUUGCCUUUUACUCUGUCCUGGGUUACUUGGGGAUUUUAGCAGCUGUUAGUUUUAUUAUAGCUUUUUUAGCCAGGUCAUUACCUGACAGUUUUAAUGAGGCCAAGUACAUCACCUUCAGCAUGCUGGUGUUCUGCAGUGUUUGGAUUGCAAUGAUCCCGGCCUAUCUGAGCACCAAAGGGAAAUACAUGGUGGCUGUAGAGAUCUUUGCCAUAUUGACUUCCACCGCUGGACUUUUAGGCUGUAUAUUUUUCCCUAAAUGUUACAUAAUUCUGCUGACACCCGAGAAAAAUAAAAGGAUGAGUGUGUUUAGGAAGAGAAAUAUUAUUAUUUAA